AUGCUUUACAUACCGGUUGAAUGAAAUAACACAGAUUUUCCCAUAAAAAUAAUUCUCCAAUGCAAAAUACCUUCUUUUAAAUAGACACAACAGUUGUUUUUGUUUUUCUCUGAAGAAUGAAUGGCAGGCGUCGGCGCCAGCGGCAGCAGCUUAGUUUUAAGGACACUAAGCCUAAAGAAUCCGAAGCUCGUGUUGCUGGAAACCUGUUCCAACCUCUCCCACCUGAAAAUCAUCCAUGCGCACAUGAUCACAACCCAAUCCAUCUCCGACGUAUUUGCCGCCAGCCGCUUGAUUUCUUCCUGCAUCAACGCUGGCUUCCUCGACUACGCUGUCGAGCUUUUUCGCCGAGUCCAGAAUCCAAACCUUUUCAUUUUCAAUGCACUGAUCAGAGGAUUUUCUGGCAGCCGGAACCCAGCUCAGUCAUUCUGUUUCUACGUCCAGUCCCGGCAAGCCGGCGUCUUUCCUGAUAAUCUGACUUACCCAUUUUUGGUCAAGUCGUGUGCUGAAAUGGGUUCUUUGGGAAUGGGAACUCAAGCCCAUGCCGAGAUUAUUACCCAUGGGUUUGAGAACGAUGUCUUCGUCCAGAAUUCGCUCGUCAACAUGUAUGCUCAUCUCGGCGACAUAGCCGCCGCUAGUUCCAUUUUUCGUGGGAUUACCCGGUUGGAUGUUGUCUCUUGCACUUCCAUGAUAGCUGGUUACAACAAGAUUGGGGAUGUCGCAUCCGCACGCCAACUGUUCGACGAAAUGCCUGAGAAGAACUUGGUCACGUGGAGCACGAUGAUCAACGGGUAUGUGCGGAACAAUUUCUUCAAUGAGGCGAUAGAGCUCUUUCGCCUUCUUCAAUCUCAACGGAUUCGAGCUAAUGAAAAAGUAAUGGUCAGCGUGAUUGCUUCCUGUGCUCAUCUGGGAGCUUUAGAAAUCGGAGAGAAGGCUCACGAGUACAUUGUCAUGAACAAUCUGACCGUAAACGUUAUCCUCGGAACUGCUCUUGUGGAAAUGUAUGCGAAGUGCGGCUCAAUUGAUAAAGCCCUCCAAGUGUUCGACCAAAUUCCCGACAAGGAUGCCUUGAGUUGGACAGCUCUCAUCUCAGGCUUCGCAAUGCAUGGAUAUGCAGACAAGGCAGUCGAAUACUUCACCCACAUGUUAUCCACUAGGAUAACCCCUCGUGACAUCACGUUUACCGCAGUUCUUUCGGCUUGCAGCCAUGGAGGCUUGGUAAAAAAAGGGCAAGACAUAUUCGACAGCAUGCAGAGAGAUCAUAACAUUCAGCCUAGGCUCGAACACUAUGGCUGCAUUGUCGAUCUACUGGGUCGAGCUGGGAAGCUAGCGGAAGCUGAGAAGUUUAUCCUCGACAUGCCGAUCAAGCCUAACGCACCGAUUUGGGGAGCAUUGCUCGGCGCCUGCAAGAUACACAGAAAUGCCGUUGUGGCUGAAAGGGUCGGCAAGAUCCUGAUCGAGUUGCAACCCGAGCACAGUGGCUACUACGUAUUGUUGUCCAACAUUUAUGCACGGGCGAACCGGUGGAAGAAUGUCGAGAAGAUGAGGGUGGUGAUGAAAGAGAAGGGAGUGACUAAAGCGCCUGGUUAUAGCUUGAUCGAGUUUGAUGGUGUAGUACAUAGAUUCACCAUAGGAGAGAAGGCUCACCCGGAAAUCGAGGAGAUCGAGAGGAUGUGGGAAGAUAUAGUAAAGAAGAUUAGGGUUGUAGGUUACCUGGGUAACACGGAUGAUGCUCUGUUUGAUGUAGAGGAAGAAGAGAAAGAAAGUGUUAUUUAUCGACACAGCGAGAAGCUUGCAAUUGCUUAUGGGCUCAUGAAGAGUAGAGAUAGAGGUAAGCCUAUUAGGAUAGUAAAGAACUUGAGGUUCUGCGAGGAUUGUCAUACAGCUACUAAGUUGAUAUCUAAGGUUUAUGAGAGGGAGUUUAUUGUUAGGGAUAGGAAUAGGUUCCAUCAUUUUAGAGAUGGAACUUGUUCUUGCAUGGAUUAUUGGUAAUGGAAAGUUGAGAAUCAAGGUAUGAAUUAUGUAGCGUUAACUCGAUCGGACUUGUUCUUUAGCUGCACCAGUUCUGUCACUUGUGCGUUAAAGUGAUUUUCUUGUAUCGGCCUCUAUUAACAAUUUUAGUCUAUUGUAGCGUAGUGCUAUAUUUUCUCUUCACUUCCAUAUACUUAUUCUCUAAUAUGUCUCUUUGGUAAUUGGUAUAGAGAAUCUGGAAUUCUCGAAAUAAACUGGUUUUUAAUAU